CAGCUCACUACUCAGCCAUGCCUCCCUCUCCAGUGCUACAGCAGCUACAAACCCACCUUCAACAGCUCCAAACAGAUCCAUCCACAAAGCUCGAUAUAAAGCUACUGCAGCAAUGUGAAAUCUACGUCGCCUCAGUGAGCCCAACUGAAGAGGAGCUUCAGCUAUGGAAAUCGCUCUUCUUUCAGGCCAUACAGCUUCUGUCAUCCUUUCAACAGGAUCCUUCGUCAUUCAGUAGUUUGAUAAUGAAACUAUCAGCCCCACUUGAGUUUGAUCAUAUAAAGAUGCUUGAUCUGGCCCUCGCUAUGGAUCUAUCUGCAGGACCUUUCCAUCUGAUGGUUCUGGGGCUCUUGGAGAAAGCCACUGCACCUGCACAUGUGGAACUACUGGCCGGGAUGCCAGAAUUGCUAUCUGCACUCGUAAAGCUCUGGCUUUGUGCUGAAGAUACUAGUGUUGCGCUCAAAUCGAGCAACCUGCUUUUGAAUUUCCUCAGGCUGUCAAAGAACCCUCCAGGAUCGAAGAUAGCAGAUGCACCUUUAACAGCUUAUGGUCAGGGACCCGUAUGGAAACGAAUAUUUGGCGAUCGGGACGUUUUUCGGUUGUUCUUCUCGAUUUGUAGCUCCCGUGAGAAUGUUCCACGCGAGAUCGAUCUCACUAAGCAUCAAAGAACAGUCGCCCAGGCAAGGCUCAUGGACUGGCUGCCUCAAGUUGGUGUCCUGGACUGGGAUACGUUAUUACGAUGUCACCAUGUUGAUGUUGUGACUGAUUAUGGGCUAGAGACUGGUGAUGGACUCCUCAAGUUUGUCGCGGAAGACAUGGUCAAUUACGAAGACGACAUACUGAUGCAUAUCAGCCUCAUAGACUUCUACACCACGCUCAUCUCAACCGUCACCAGAAGGACUACAGCUGACCUAAGUGUAUCGCUUCAAUACCUUAUCUCCCGUCGUCUACACCAUCGAGCAAUGUCCUAUUGGAUGGAUCCUAAUCCCGAUGACCAUUUACAGGGAAUUUACCUUACCGGACCUUCUGCUUCAUACAUCUCCCUCUACGCAUCUACCUAUCCGGAGCACUUCGAAGUAUCGAUGCUCUCCGAAAUCCACGCCAGACUCCAUCAAAGGCUCGAUGUUGGCCCCGGCGUCUGGAUUCGAUCAUCUCCGGUAAACGAACUCCGCAUUCUUUCCUCCCUGCCCAGGACCUCCAUCUUUCCAUCUCAUCCAGGCGCAUUCAUGACCGAAUCUGCUCUCGCCCUCGUUCCUACGUUGCAAACCAACCCCGACGCCCUCAACGCGCUCGCCACAAUUUUCCACGGACCUACGGAGCCUCGUCCUGCGGUCACAGAUAUGAUCAUGUCCUCGGAUCGCUGGGAUAUCGAAGCUGAAGCCGCGGCUGGCCUUUUCUGGCUGUACUACUCGACUCAUCCCUCACUUUUUAAGGAUCUCGUCAGGCAUGCCGACAUAGCCGCUCUCCCGCAAACUGCAUUUGCAGCUAUCAACCUGCUGCGCGCUAUAAUCACCGCGACAUGGACUCGUACAACACCCGACGCCACAUCUGCUUCAUCAGUGACCGUAACGGCGAGCUCAAGUGCCGCAGCGCAAGCCCACGUACGCGUAGUGACAUUUACAGCUGCGAAUAGAGAUAAGCCGGAAAGCGGACUUGAGACGCUGUUGCUUUUGCAAAAUUGGCAAGUGGUGGCACCAUACUUGUUCAAAAACAAACCUGUAGGCCACGUGAUGGACGAGGAGAGCACAGUGUAUAAACUUUCGGUUGCGCGGCACGGGCUUAUAGUUGCCAUCAAGGAUCAGCUGGAGUUGUUGAUGAAGGAACAUGGACACAACCCGGAAUGGGAUUCGCUACAUACAAUCCUGCUUCAAAAGCUGACUGCGGGUCCAAGGGAAGAGUGGGGCCCAGGUGUUGGGGAAAAGCUUAUUGCGACAAUAGGGCAUUGAAUUGGAGUAGAAGCAAAGCAAGCAGAAGGUAGACAUUAUCAUCAUCUUGUUAAGUGAGGGUCAACCCGCGUCCUUGUACUGAAGAGGUGUAGGUAGAUGUCAGUACACCCUCGUCCAGUGACGUACCUGAUUAGUUGUUCUUACGUUAACGGCGUAUUGACGAAGGGAGUGGCUUAGAUGUCUGCAGACGACAAUAUAUAUUUACACCUACUCAAUC